CCAAGAGUAUGAGCACCGAAGAGACGUCGGCUGGCACGUCAGCCGCAGCUUCAGGAACGGAUGCGCAUCCUCAGUCGGACCUGCCGCCAUCCUAUGACGUGGCUCGUGGACCCGAAGGAGAUACUGGAUCGCCUCCGGCCACCAUCGCCCUCCUACAAACAACUCGAUCGUGUACUUACGCGUCUGGAAAACGUCGAAGCAGAGGUCAACAAUCAGCGUGGCGAGCGCAAUGACACGCUCGAUGCUAGUCGCCGUGCGCUCGUUGCUAGUCGUCAUGCGCUCGAUGCCGUUGUCAGCACCGGAGGCCAGCGCAUUGCAAUGCUGGAUCAGCGCAACAUAAUCAUCGAAGUGCGCAACAGGAAGCUCGCUGCGCGCAACAGAAUCCUCGAUGGGCGUAAUGCUGCAAAUGGAGCAGCUCUUCGCUCGGUCAAAGCGGUAGGCGACUGUCUUCUCGAGCAUUUCUGGAGCGCUACGCGACACACUGGGCAUGUGGAUCGCAGAGGCCAACAGACCGAGGCAUCUUUGCGCAUCGCUCAAAAGCAGCAAUUUCUCUUCCAGUGCAUCGUUCUGCUAAAUUGGUAUCGAUCUUCGUCCCCCGCAUUGAUCUACGAUCAUGCGAUUGCGCUCCUUGUUGCGCUGACGUUCUUGAUCAGUCUUUGGCAAUGCCUCGCUUGGCUCGCCAACAAAUUCACUCGUGCGCUGGCCAAGUUUGACUUGGUGCCCGACGCGAGUCGCCUCUGAAGUAGACUUAGCUCGCCGCACAUAGGAUGCUUCAAAGGGGUCACAACGAGCACUCAAAGUCUCGGCUCAGGUGAUCUUUUUCUCAGAAGCCGUACGCCAUCAAGAGAGGAGAAUGACUUCAUACAAGCUGCCAUUUCCGAAACGAGUAGACGGUCCUCAUCCCGCUAAACGCAAUGCGUCGAUCAAACCCUCUCAAGCCCUGUGUAAUCCGAUCGACCUCAACGAGGACAGUCUGUGUGAGACCUGAUCUUUCGCAAAGGCUGCUUCGCCGCGAACUUCAAGUCUGAGACCCGCUCAAUGAGGUGUGAAGUUGGCUCCCGG